AUGGCAGACAAGAUCACCUCUAAGAACCUCUCCUACGACACCAAGAUCCCACCGUUCCUGCGAGCCCUGCACGCGCAAGCAGCAGGCAACGCCGCUGACCCCGAUCCAAUUCUCUCGAAGCGGCGGAGGGCGGGCAAGAAGCGCUCCGAGAGCGAGGAGGCCGAGGACGCGCCGCUGGUGGUCGACGACGAAGGCAAUGUUGUCGAUGUGAGGGUGGACAAGGACGGAGGCGUCGACGAGAUCCAGCUGAAGAAGGACGAGGCCGACAAGGAAGACGUCACCAAGGAGGAGAAGAGGGAGGCAGACAAGGUUGCUGGCAUCGGGGCCAGCAAGAAGAGAAAGGCUGGCAAGGUCAUUGGCGAGGGUGUUGACGAUGCCAAGGAAGACGGCAAGACAGACGCGAAAGACGAGGCCAAGGAUGAGGGGUCGAAAAAGAAGGCCGGCAAGAAGAAGGGCAAAAAGAUCAAGUUGAGCUUUGACGAGCCCGAGUGA